GUUUUCUAGAAUAUUCCGUAACUCUGUUUACAAUCCUUACUCGUUACAGUAUGGACGAUAGCUACCGUCCAGUGAAACUCCGCAAAGUGGUUAUUGGCUAUCCAUGUAAUGAAAACACCUCGAACUUUAGAUUUGAUCUCUCUCUAAACUACAAACUCAGCAGUAUCAUACAGACUUACUCGGAAAAUAAGCCGACAUUAGUGGUAAGUAAAGCCUAGAUACGUUGUCUUAUUUUAUAUACUGAAAAUCUAUACUAAUUUUUUCAUACCUUUUUCCAAUAAAGUUUUGUUCAACAAGAAAGGGAACGCAGCAGGCUGGAAGCACGCUUACAAAAGACGCUCGUUUCGUAAUGAAUUCCGAACACCGACAAAGGUUUCAAUCAUUCUUUUGUCUUUACUCAAAUAACUUAAUGUGUACGUAUGGUUCGUCGGUUUAAUCCAACUCUUUUAUUUUAAUUUUAUACAAUUCCAGGCUGCAACGUUGUGCAAAUUCGCUUCAUGACUCCAAGCUUCGAGGUACGAUAAUUAAUUGCCUUAGAUGCGUCCCUCUGAAACGGACCCAACAGAAGCAAAUUUUAAAAUAUAAAGAAGAAAUAACGAUGAUAGAAGCCAAAAAAGGUUUUGAAGCAUUUAUGAAAAAAGGAAAGUUUUUCAGGAAAAAUAUAACCGAUUAUUUCGGCUCUAGCUUGUGUCAUCAACUCGGCUUUCAGCUUCGGUUGCUAAUACAAAUUUUGGUAUUGAUGAUUUUUGAUAUACCGCUCACUCAAUCAUGCAAUAAUUAUUAAUUCUAUAUGUCUACGGAUAUUGAAACUGCUAAAACUUCUAUUUGCAGAACUUGUUAUGUGUGGUGUAGCUUACCAUCACGCUGGCUUGGAUUCCUCUGAUCGAAAAUCUAUUGAAGCCAUGUUUACGAAAGGAGAAUUGCCGGUUUUGUGUAUGAAAAUUAUUUUGAACCCAUGAAAAAAAUUGUUCCAAAGUAGUUGUAAAUUUAAUGACGAUUAAUGUUUCUGUUUGUCUUGCAGUUGCUACAAGUACUUUAGCAAUGGGGGUAAGUUAUAUUUCGAUAAAAUCAAUAGGCCGUACUGUUUGUUUGCAUUUUUGUCCCAAUGCCCUUGUUUUCAUGUACAGAUUUCCUUAUGUUUGUUGCGCAAUUGGGAUAAAGAUUGGUUGUGAUUGGGCUUGAGAUCGAAGAGAAUCAUAGAAUCAAACAUAUUUGUGUGCGAAACAUGGCAACCUAUAACCUUCAUGCGCGCCUGCUAUGCUAAAACACACCGAAACGGGCUAGGCCAUUGGGACAAAGAGUAAAGUCAAUUAGCCUUUCUCACGCCGCCAUUUUGGGUGACUUUUCAGCCGACGUCUGCGAGAUAAGUCCACAUAACAGCGACUUUUUAUAAUUUUUUGACGAAUGAUGUUAUCAUUGGCUUUGUAAAUGGUUAGUUUAUUUUGAAAAACUGCUUUUCACAUUGUUUUAGUUGUCUGCAUUGGUUAACGAGAAUUGGAUGCCACCCAAAAAUGGCGCCGGCAACGUUUGGCAACGUUUUCAUGUACCCACUUUUUUUCAGGCGACCGGGCAAAAAAUGAUCAACUGCGCGUGCUCAGCAAGUUCCGCGAGUCGUUAAAGUGAGUCGUCAUCAGGUCGUCAUCCAAUCAGUGAACACACCAGAAUGAAUUUAUUAGUCACAAACUGAGUUUCAAUAGAUUAACCAGUCGAGCAUUCUUCAAUCGAGAUUAAUUUUUACUGUUGUAAAUAGUUUUUUAUGUACGUCUGUAUUUGUGUUGUCUUGGUGGGACUUAAUUGGGAACUUCUGUUCCGUUGUCCUGACCUUCGAUCUUAUUGAUUGUCAAGUUAUUAAAAAAAAUAAUAAAUCAGGCGCACAAAAAAAGUGGGUACACUAGUUAUAACUCUGUAUAUGUAUCUACUCUGUGGUGUGGGCAUGGCUCUCAUGAGUCUGACACACGCAUACACAUUAUUUAUGAGCGCGCGCACUUUAGCACGUAUUAUGAUAUCAACAUACACUUAUGUACUUAUAUGUUCUAUGACCUUCACUUUUUCACGUUUUAUUUAGUUUCACAUUUACAUAAGUAUUAUGCUUCUAUAUUUUUAUUGCAUCUGGACAUAUAACAUAUAUUUUUGGCGACCAACACAGUGAACACACCAGAAUGAAUUUUCAUGGUUCCACAGCUAUAACUAUAUGGACUGUUGUUAUAUAUACAUGAUUCUCAUUAUCUAUAUCUAAACUUAAAACUAAUAUAUCAUCUCUGCAGCAAAGCACAUGACUUGCAGUUUAUUAUUUCAUCUGAAGGCCAGGAAAAAUAUUUCCUUCUGUUACCGCGGUAACAAAAAAAUCACCGUUUUUUGCCAAUAUUCGGGCAUGUACUGGGAAAGAAGAAAAUGCAUAUAAUAUAAACAAUGCUGCCAAUGCCUUCAUGGUUAUAAAUUAAGGCUUUCAGUGUCGGCCACUGUUUGCAUAAUUUGUUUCAUUUUUGUUCCUUCGUUUAUUCAUUUUUUUCUUUUUGUUCUUUCUUUCUGCGAGCCUAAUAACUUCUGGCACCAAACGGUCCUGUUCAUCUGUCAAGCAAUCCUAGUUCUGUACUGAAUGCGCAAACCAUCCAAUCGUUUCCCGUCUCGUUAUAAUUUCAGGUAAACCUCCCAGCUCAUUUGGUCAUCAUUAAAUCAACAAUGCAAUAUGUGAAAGGAGUAUUUGAGGAAUACGCUGAGUCACAGAUCUUACAGAUGACUGGCAGAGCAGGUCGACCUCAGGUAUUGUACACUUAAACCGAUCGAUCAUUUGAGGGCAACUAUAUAAAGAUGUACAUUUCAUCCUUUUUUGAAACAGUGGAACCAGUAAAUAUAUUAUAACAGGAUUUUUGGCAUCUCACUUGAUAUAACUAAAUGAUGAAAGGUUUUGGAAAAUUUCAAGUGUAAACUUUACACAUGCAUAUAUUUAGCUACACCUACCCAGGAGUUGCUGCGAAAAAUUCAACUAUAAGCCUUCAGGUAGGAAUCGAACCUGUGGCCCUGCAUGCGGUUUCGGUGGAGAGCUCCAACCAACUGUAGCUGUUGUUGUAACCAGUUGUCGAGUUUUAAAUAAAGUUUUAUUAAAUCCAAAGUUGGUUAUGCCAGACUUUGGACAAGUGAAAUUUUCCGUUGAUAUGUACAGCCGCCAAGGAAAUUUAACUUGACAGAAAUAUAGUGUGCAAGAAAUACUUCUAUGGUUUUGGCCAAAAAAGCUUUGACGUGAGAUAAAUGUUUACCAACAUUCCAUGUACACGAGCAACAGAACGUGUCAAGGAAAAGGAGAAAUUACACUUAAUUGUCAAGGAAAACUUGCUUGUCUAUACGGGGCUUUAUAAAAAGCCAAGUUCAUUAUACACAUUAUACCGCAUACACAUGAACUUGCAUGCGGAUAAAACUCGGCAACUCGACUCUGUAGCUCAGUAUAGGUUAGAGCACUGGACCGAAAUCCAAGGCAGCACGUUCUAUUCUUCAGGGUUUAUUUUAAUAUGCAGUUCUAAACCCAUUUGUGCAGUUCUUAAAACACAAAUGUGCAGUCACCAAAGUAACAAAAAUAGCCUUUUUUAAAACAGUCUUCUCAUUUACUCGUUGCCCUUGUGGAUGCUCCAGAAAAUUCCAGAAUUGCUGUCAUUAAUUGAGAAAAGAAGCUAAAAUUGGGGCGAGCGAAGCUCCCCAAAAGAGAUUAGAGUGGGAAAACCUAAUAUUCUUUGCUGCCUCAAAUGCAAAUUUAAAGGUGAUCUACAGUCCGUAUGUAAACAAAGCCUUUGUUUACAUUUUUGUGUCCAAAAUAUUGAGCUUUAUUCGACAACUAUUUAUAUUUUCAAGCUUCUAGAGUAUAAUAAAUGAUCAAGGAACAACAAUCAGGCUUUUCAAGAACUCAAAGCAUAGUUAAACUGUUUGUAUCAUAAAAAGUGGGCUCAUUUGUGCACAUGCGCAGAUCGGACUGUAGAUCACCUUUAAGGUUGUUAUAUAUUGAGUAUCCAUGAUUCUCAGUUACAUGUUUUGAAAUAGUUUUUGUGUGAGUGGUUGGGUAAAACAAAUCUUUGCCAGAACUUAAGAGCUUCUAGAUUCAAAUUAUUUUGGGGAACACCCCUAGCUCCCGCACCCAAACUCGAGUUUGUCUGGCCUUUCUCCAAUUCUCCCACCCAACCACACCAUUAUUCUGUCACCUAUAUGCAGGUAAAAAUCCUUCGACCCCCCCCCCCCAGGCAAACACCCGUUGCCUUCGUAACAUCCCUAUAUGUGCAGUUCUGAAUUUUUCUUAAAAUAAACCCAGCUGUUCUUGCAAGAGAGCGUAUACACUUGCAUUUUUCGCAGCUGCUCCUGGUUUGGUCUAAAUGUAUAAAAUUUACACUCGAAAUUCUCAUGUACAAUACAUUUGCAACAACAUAUUGAUAUAUAUAUAUCUUAUAUUUUAGUUUGAUGAUUCUGCCACGGCCGUAAUUAUGACAAAAUACUCCAAUAAGGUAAAUUUUCGUUGAAUCACAUGGCAAAUUCGUUGAAACUAUUUGAACAAUAAGACUUUCUCACCCCAUGCCACAAGGCCAUUUUCGCCAUUUUGGAUAAAUCGCACUGAGAAAAAAAGGGGGUAAGAGUGAAAUGAAUAUAACUGGAAUGCUACCUUCAGAUGAACUACCUGGAACGCUACCUUCAGUCUGGGGUCAAGACCCGCGUGUUUAUGUUUCGAAAUUCUCUCGCGAGACCAGUUCAGAGAGCGAGCAUCCCACUAUUAUUAGAAAAAAAAUGAAAAACCAAAGUAAAAUCUAGUAGGAAAUUUUACCUGAAUAAAUGCAUUGACAGAUAGCUUUGAGCGUUGUUAAAAAGCUUUAUUGUAAAACUUAAGCCGGUUUUCAAGAAUACUCGUGUUUUAUGGAUUGACCUGGCGCCAUCCUUGCAUGCGUGAAAACACUGGUCUUCAAGUUUGGCUUCAAAUUUCCGGUUGGGGGUGGCGCUCCAGUUAUAUUCAUUUCACAGCUUGGCGGUAACAAGCGAAGGAGUGAAUUUUGUGAAGUAAAAACACUGUACUUUUGUACUAUUUAUUUCAUUAAAUCAUCCCUUCAUUUGUGAUUAUCCUUUGUUACUUCGCGGCGGACAAGGCCUGGUCGUAUAUAUGGCGCGAGAAGGGCUAUUAAUUUAACACUUUGCUAUAUACAAAAUUGUAACUAGAUGAAAUACGAAGCUAUCAUUGGAGGAACGCAAAAUAUCGAAAGCAGGUAAAAUACACAUGCAGGGUUUAAAGUACAUUUACCAUGCAUGCAUGGUAAUUUAAAAAGCAGUCUUUCUGAGAAAGAACUCAUCUUCAUGUAUUUAUUGGCUGGUAUGAUAUUGCAGCAUAAGGGCGAUGCCUACGGAGGAGGCUAACUGGACACGAUGUCAUAUUGAAUUAUUGAUGAUUGGAAGUCAGUUUUCUUUGUUUUUGAUCACAAAAAAUUCCAAUAUUACAUAACAUCUGGUGAGUUAAAGACUAAUAAAUACAUGAAGAUGAAUCCAUUGUCUUAUGGCUCCAUAGUAUUGUAACCGUGGAAGAUCCUGGUAAGCAAUACUCUUAUAGAGGAUUGGUUCUAAUUAUGCUAAUUUGGUAACGGAAUUAUAACUAAUUCUUUCCCAAAAGAUUAUUUUUCACUAGUAACAAAUUGAAAAUGAAUGCUAAUCCGAAAGUUGAGUGUUUUGAAAAUUGUGUGCACAUUUAAAUGUGUUUUUAUUAAUGAAAACAUGAUUUUAAAACACUCAAUUUUUGGAUUAAAAUUCAUUUUAUAACCUAUGCCUUGCAUAUCUUUGGUAUUGACUUAUGUCCAGCGUUUUAUUUUCUAUUGGUUGGGAUAGGCGUGUUUUUUGUUUGUCCACAAAACAACACGCCCAAAGGUGUAUACUCUUCCUUUAGCUUACAUAAGAAUUUGAUCGAGCAUUUGAACGCAGAAAUCGUACUGAAUACUAUCACUGAUGUCUCUAUCGCCUUGGAAUGGUUAAAAUCAACAUUCCUCUAUAUAAGGAUACUGAAAAAUCCAACUUAUUAUGGUAAGAGAUUAGUUCUGAUCCAGAGGUGUAUACUGUAUAGUUACCAGUCGGGUUACUUUUUUCCACCCCAAUGAAGAGUCAAUUCCGUAUCCAGGAGCGGUCAGACGAAAAAGUUGAUAUUUGGAGAGUGAUCAAGAGUGGUGAAUACUCAGGUUCUAAAGCCUUUUCGACCAGAGGCGAGGCUGAGCGGGCAAUGUUUUGGUCGUGCUAUUGUAAUUUUUUUCAAUUUUAGGGGAAAUUUUUACUAAGGAAGAAACAAAAAUUCUGCAGUUGGAAGAAAAUUUCAAACUUUUUGAAAAUCUUUUUUUUCACGAAUUUUUCUUCCUCUCCUGUUUUAUCUAACACCCCCCUCCCCCCCCCCCCCAAAGGUAGGGACAAAUCAUUCCUAAGUGCUUCGAGAUACAUGUAACCACUAUCUUUAAAUAUAGGUAUUCCUGAAGGUCUUGACAUGGAUAUCUUAGAAACAAAGCUCCAAGGUAUAUUUAUAAUUUAUGUUGUUGCCUUAUUUGCAUAAAAUUACUUCCCUGAUUAAUAUUGACUAUCAUUUAUAGAAAUGUGUGUAGAAAGUUUAAACACGUUACGAGAUCACGGAUUGAUAAACAUGGAUGAAGGAUUUGAUCUUAAGCCAACAGGUAUGAAUAUUCUUUUGAUUGAUUCACUCACCAUCGGGCCUUUUCAGUUACCGAUUACAUCAAGUAUUAUGCUUACUUUAUUACCUACAUAGCCUGGACUAUUUAUUUUUACAACAAUUGUGAUAUUACUUUACUAUGUUUAUCCUAAUCCACCCUGUAAACUUUCCCUGUGGGAGGGAACCGGAGCGCCGGAGAAAACCCAUGAAUUUCGAUAGAACGGAGACUUCUUACAUGAGUCCGUAGCGAGGAUCGAACACGCGAUCUUAGAGGUGAAAGGCGCUUGUUCUCACGACUACGCCACCAAAGCUCCUAAAAUGUCAUUUCACUUACGGAAUUUUACGCAAAUGGCCGUUAACCCCGAAAAUAUUCUAAAAAUAAGGCUAAAUAGAUAUCUUAUAUACACUAGAGUAGAUAGUGCAUCUAAUUAUUCUGCAAUUCAAAAAUUGAAGCCGUGAUUGCAGACUUAGGACAUUCCCAUGAAAUGAGAAGACUCGUAUGUUUUCUAUUUCUUAAACAGGGAACUUAAACAUUAAGUUAAACCUAUUCCAAAUACAUUUUCAAACUGUUCAAAUGAUGAAAGUUAUUGUUGUCUUUUAAGCGUUUAUUAGCGAGUUGGAAACUCCAACAUGGCCGCCAUCUAUUCAAAUGGGGGUAACCGCUGGAAUAUUCUUGGCUUCAAUUUUACUAAAAGAGUGCGCUAUCUAGUUUAUAUAAGAUAUCUAUGGUUUUAACCAGUUGGAGUUUGAUUUCAUUCUCGUACCCAGAGCCCUUCUUACGCGCGGUGCGACGAGGGGCUCUGGCCAAAUCCAUAACCGGAUACCAUAAAAACAUGGUACGAAAACAAUAUCCGGUGUUAGAACUAGCCAAUCAGAUGCCAGUUCGGAAUAUGGAUUUGGCCAGAGCCCCUCGUCGCACCGCGCGUAAGAAGGGCUCUGGGUACGAGAAUGGUUUGAUUUCAGAAUCCAUUCUUGUCUCCAGUCUAUUUGUUUUGGUUCGCUUGAUGGUCCCUAGACCCCCUUGCCUACUGCGAUUGGAAGAUAGACAACCUCUACACUCCACAAAAAUGUAUACAGGCAUAUUCGUUUCUUUAGAUACUGGAAAGCUGAUGGCAAGAUAUUGCCUUGCAUUUGAGUCAAUUAAAUUGUUUUUGGGAUUACAAGGAAAUGAAGAUUUAAAUGAUCUGGUAGGAAUGUCAAUCCUCAUAUCGUUCUGCCAGUGCUUUGAAUUGCCCUCCUGUUGCAAUGCUAUUUUAUAUUAUUGUAUAUUUUAUUGUUGGACAGUGAAGCAAGACAUAGCAAACGGCACGAGUGGAAACGGGACUCGAAGUCCUAUGCGAGGCACUCUACCUUUUUUUACAAAUUAAUGAAAUUACAAAAUUACUAUUACUCUUACUCUUACUAUUACUAUUACUGCAACCAAUGAACAUAUGCCAAUUGCUUGAAGCUCAGACGUAUUUACGUCGUUAAACAUAGUUAAACUGCGAAGGUCUGCAGGACAAGCUAUUUUACACAUACAGUUCCAAGAACGACUACUGGAAAAUAUUUGUUUUAGGGACCGGUCAUAAAGUAACUGCUAGGGUGGGCCGUAGGGAAAAAUAGGUUUUCAAAAACAAACCCGAUGGCCCAUCCUGAGAACCUAGGAAAAUUUCAAAGCCCAUCGUAGAUCAUUGGAAAAAUUUCACGACCCAUCCUGAAUAUGCACAGUAUAGCAGUCACUUUGAUCAAACCAUGCACUGAGAGCUUGAGUCACUUACUCAUAACUCAGUUGUAUAGUAGUUAAGUUACAGUAUGUAUUCAGUGCAAACAGGCUAAUAUUUGUUUCAUGGCCCAUCCAUUUCACAAAAAACAAAUUGAUGGCCCACCCAAACUGAUGAAAAUAAUUCCAUGGCCCAUCCUUAUUUCCUCCGGCCAAUCCUAGCAGUUACUUUAUAUGACCGGUCCCUUACACGAUGGAACUCCAACGGUACGAGAGAAGGAUUUUCACAGUUAUGAGUACGAUUACGACGAACAAAUGACACACAAUUAGAAAUAUUUAAAUCGCAAAGUCCAUUCAGCAACUUAAAGAAAUAUGUCAAAUCCUUGAUCUAUGUCAACGGGAGAAGGUUUAAGAUCUGUUAUAAGGUUUAAUAUAUUUCAUAUAUAAGUGCGACCCAAUUCAAAGUCUCGACCGCGCAUCCAAAUGACGCGUUUUGCGUCAGGAUAAUGAACUAUCACAUGUAGCUGAAACUGGAAGAAAUAGGAUAUGCAUGUCAAAUUAUUCACCUGUUCAAUCAUCAUUUGAAUAUGAACAAAAAAUACUAAAAAACGAUUAGUUUCUACAUGGUUGACUUGCUUUAAAUUAGAAAAAAUAAUCCCUUAUACAUGUAAGUGUACCUUUCCUUAUUUUGCUAUACACAGAAGACAAAAUAUGCUAGUACAAAAAUUAUUUAAUGACAGGUGCUAUUGCGGCUUUUGGUGAACGCCAGAUAACGUUUUUGUGUAGACAAGUAAAUGAAACAUGGCGGCGCCCUCCCCUAUAGCCCCUGCUAUAUAUAGUGUCCCCAGUGUAAGUAAAUCUAAUACUCUGUCUUGUAUAUAGAGUUCUGUUUAUCUGAAUCAUGGUAUGAUUUUUUUUAUUUACCCUAACAAGGUCAACGUUGUGUGCCAAUGUAAAGAAUUCAUUGAUUUGAAGCUAAGGAAUAACGAGAAGAAAGUGCUAAAUACUUUAAAUAAGGACAAAAACCGAGUAACUAUCAGGUAUAUACCAUAUUAUACAUGAAACAGUCCUUACAUUUUAAAUAUAUGCGUUGUUCCAAAUGUGUUUAUUUACAGCCCAGACGUAUAUUUGAGCAAUAAUUUUGAACAGUCUGUUGGCCUACCAGUGUUAGUAGUGCCAGUAAUAACGAAAAUUCUGCUGAUAGAGAUGCACGUAUCUGAAAACUACACGGAGAAAUUCGACGGUUCGAGCGAAGGCCCUUCAUCCGGAAGUUAGCGAGGAAGGGCCUACCCGACGAAGAACCUUCGCUCGAAACGUUGAAUUUCUCCUUGUAUUUUUUAGGUAGUUGCAACUCUAUCAACCGAAAUUUUGUUAAAUUUGACCAACUGAUAUUCAUCGUAUCUUUCAGAAUUUAUCAAAGAAAAGUUAUUAAAUCCUUAGUACAAAAUUUACAUGUGACUUGUUCCACUAGCCAAUGACUAAGCUGCUUUAAAUUUUAAUUUAUAGGUUUCCUAUAAAUGGAAAGAUUAAGACAACGGAACAGAAGAUCAGUUGGUAAGAAAUUAUGCAACUUCACAACUAACCAGUGGUGCCUAAAUUACUUUGAAUUUGUACUCGAGUAAAAGUAGAAGUAUUAACAAUAAAACGACUUGAGUAAGAGUAAAAAGUACUGGAAGCAAAACGUACUUAAGUAAAAAGUACAAAGUAUCCUUAAAAAAUACUUGAAGUACAAAGUAAAAGUAAAAGUAAAACUAUUGUCUGUGGCGUGUAGAGGGGAAGGGGAACUUCUCCAAUGGAUUAAUAUACCAAAGACACAAAAAACACACGCAUUGUAUGCGUGCACAGAAUAUACAAUAUUUCACGGCAUUGUCUACUUUUCAGACCCUGUUGAAGAUAUAAGAAAUCCAUUAAAUAAAUAAUUCUUAUCAGUAAGUCAUAAACGAGAGGUCCCAGACGCAUGUAGAGGUCGUAUUACCUUUCCCGAAAUUAAAAUAAACCAGAAAUAAAUCGCGUAAAAUUAAACAAAAGUUAGAAAGUAACGAGAUACUUUGCCGCAAAAUGAAAAUAACGAAGUAAAACGUUACUUUUUAAAAUUACUUCGUUCCAAGUAAAAGUACUCCAGAAAACUGUUACUUUGUUACAUGCUCACUUCUCAAAAAUAGUACUCAAGUACAGUAACGAAGUACAUUUACUUCGUUACUUGACACCACUGCAAUUAACCCAAUUCUAAAUGAGUUUAAUUAAUUUAUGUGUAACAAAAUACUUUAUUUAAGUAAUAUUGCAAAUCCGGCUAUGAGGACUGGACCUCCAAAUUGGAAGAUUUGAAAUGACAUUUCAUACGAAUAAAUCACAACUUAAAGUGAGGUGAAUUAAUUCAGUCCAUGCAAGGACUGAAUUAAUUGUGAUCUAGUCCAUGCAAGGACUGAAUUAAUUUUGAUCGGACUGGAUCAAUACACUUCACUAGUUCACCAGGUAUCCAAUAUUAUUAUGUGAACAAAAUAAGGCAAAUAUGUGCAUGCAUGGUUGGCUAAUUUACUCGAAACUAUUUAGGAGUUUAAUUAAGAUUUUGAUUUCAUUUACCUAUGACAAAAUACUUGUAUAGUACUUGUGAAAACCCACCAUUAUUAGAUUCUGUUAUCAGUAAUUAUGCAAAUAUUAAAUAUGGAAUGUUUGAAUUUUCUUAAACUUUAAUAUUCUGUUGCCACAUCAGAAGAAAAAAAAUCUCUGCAUCGUCCGAACUAGCGCUAUCGAAUCGUGUUGUAAUUUGAACAUAAAUAGCAAGUUGAUGGAUAACACAAGUUAUUUUGAUUAUGUAUCAAUUUGUCAUAUAGCACGUCAAAUGGACCAAAUGUAAAAGGCUGCCCACUCUCUUCCAGAAGAAAUGAUUUUCAGAAUUGCUGAAGAAAUGAACGUAUAUAACAAAACUUUGUCUCUUUAGUUUGCUUCAAGCAACACUUGGAUGUCUUCCAAUCAACGAAUUUUCAUUGAAUCAAGACGUUACGGUAACUGAUCUCUAUUUGCAAUAACUCGUUCGUUCGUGUAGUGUUUGACAACUAAAACUGGAUUCUCCAUUUUUUCCAGAAAAUCUUUCGAUCUGGGCAACGUGUCUCUAAAUGUAAGUAAUAACAAAUUUGUUAUGCAGACCUUAAAUAUUUGAUACUUGGCUGAGUUUUUUUCCAUUUAGGUUUGUAUGAAUUUUGUAUGCUACAAAACAAUUACAAUUUGCUGAUGAACGCCUUGCAGUUAAGCAAGUGUUUUAGAUCCAGGUGAGGUGAC